CCCGGCUCCCGCCUGCGCAGGCGCGGGUGCCGGGAGCCGGCGCUGGGCUCGGGUGGUGACCGUUGGGCGAACAUGAACUUCCUCCGCGGGGUGAUGGGCGGCCAGAGCGCCGGACCCCAGCCCAGCGGCGCCGAGACCGUUCAGAAGCUGUGUGACCGAGUUGCCUCUUCAACGUUAUUGGAUGACCGCAGAGAUGCUGUCCGUGCACUCAAAGCACUGUCUAAGAAAUAUCGCCUUGAAGUGGGCAGUCAAGCCAUGGAGCACCUUGUUAAUGUGCUGCAGACAGACCGCUCAGACUCUGAAAUUAUUGGCUAUGCAUUGGAUACUCUUUGCAACCUGAUCUCCAAUGAUGUCGAAGAGGAGGAACCAGCAGAUGAAUCUGAAGAGGAGAAUGCCCAGAAGACCAACUCUGAUGAUCUGGCUGGGCAGUUCGCCGAGAUUUAUAUCAAACAGCAAGAAAAUCUAACCCUACUGUUAUCCUUGUUAGAGGAGUUUGAUUUUCAUGUGCGUUGGCCUGCAGUGAAGCUUCUAACCGCACUUUUAAAAAACCAAGGUCCACAAGUUCAACAGAUUAUCCUUGUCAGCCCAAUGGGUGUGUCCAGGAUGAUGGAUUUGCUUGCAGAUUCCAGAGAAGUGAUUCGCAAUGAUGGGCUGCUGUUGCUGCAACAAUUAACAAAAGCCAAUGCAGCCAUUCAGAAGAUUGUAGCUUUUGAAAAUGCCUUUGAACGCCUGCUGGAUAUUAUCACUGAAGAAGGGAUGAGUGAUGGAGGCAUUGUGGUUGAAGAUUGUCUUUUGCUGCUCCUUAACUUAAUGAGGAACAAUAGUUCAAAUCAGAAUUUUUUCAAGGAGGGUUCAUACAUUCAACGCAUGAAACCUUGGUUUGAGGUUGCUGAAGACAAUUCUGGUUGGUCUGCACAGAAAGUGACAAAUCUUCACCUGAUGCUGCAGCUGGUGAGAGUGCUGGUGUCUCCUGUGAACCCUCCUGGUGCCACAAGUAAUUGCCAGAAGUCAGCAUUCCAGUGUGGCUUGUUACAACAGCUCUGCACUAUCCUGAUGGCAACCGGAGUUCCUGCUGACAUUCUCACUGAGACCAUUAACACAGUAUCUGAAGUCAUUAGAGGCUCCCAGGUAAACCAGGAUUAUUUUGCUUCUGUGAAUGCACCUUCCAAUCCACCAAGACCUGCAAUUGUAGUACUUCUGAUGUCCAUGGUGAAUGAAAGGCAGCCAUUUGUCCUGCGUUGUGCUGUGUUGUACUGUUUCCAGUGCUUCUUGUACAAAAAUCAGAAAGGACAAGCAGAGAUUGUUGCCACGCUUCUGCCAGCAACUAUUGAUGCCAAUUCCAUCUCAGCUGGCCAGCUGCUGUGCGGGGGCCUGUUCUCUACAGAUUCACUCUCUAACUGGUGUGCUGCUGUGGCACUGGCACAUGCCCUGCAGGAUAACUCCAUCCAGAAGGAACAGCUGCUCAGGGUACAGCUGGCGACCAGUCUUGGAAAUCCUCCAGUCUCUCUGCUGCAGCAAUGUACCAACAUCCUGUCUCAGGGAGAUAAGAUCAUCAGACGGGGAAGCAAGGUGCAGACACGGGUUGGCCUGCUGAUGCUGCUGUCCACGUGGAUGACCAACUGUCCUAUUGCUGUGACUCACUUCUUGCAUAACCAGACCAAUGUCCCUUUUUUAACUGCACAGAUAUCCGAGAACCUUGGGGAAGAGGAACAACUUGUGCAAGGUCUCUGUGCCCUUCUAUUGGGCAUUUGCAUUUACUACAAUGAGAACUCACUGGAGAACUAUACUAAGGAAAAGUUAAAACAGCUCAUAGAGAAGAGGAUCGGGAAAGAAAUUUUCAUUGAGAAGCUGGCUUACAUCAGCAAACAUGAGCUGUACUCUCGAGCUGGUCAGAAACCCCAGCCCAGCUACAGCAGCCCAGAGCAAAUGCUGUUUGACCAUGAGUUCACCAAAUUAGUUAAAGAAUUAGAAGUUCUUAUAACAAAGGCUGUCCAAAAAUCCAGUGAGGACGAGAAAAAGGAAGAGGAAGUGAAGAAGUCAUUGGAGCAACAUGACAGUAUAGUCAGUCAAUACAAGGAACUUAUCCGUGAACAGGAUAUGCAGCUGAAUGAAUUGAAGAAACAAGUAGCUGCCUUGACCAACCAGAAUGAGCAGAGUCAAACAACUAUAACACAGCAGACAUCCCAGAUUCAGCAGUUGCGGGACCAGUACAAUCUUCUCAAAGUACAAGGUAAACCCCUAGACAGCCAACAUCACAUUCACAAUGAAGCAGCGCAGAUCAAUGGCAUUCAGCCCAAGGCUGAUGCAGAAGAAAUUGGAAGGUUACGAGAAGAGAUCGAAGAACUGAAAAAGCAACAUGAUGUACUAGAAGGACAGCUGGCUGAAAAGGAGUCUGUGAUUGAUAAACUGAGGACUAAUCAGACAACAGGAAACACAGGUGAAGGCUGCUUGGAUAUUGCUGGUGAACAAACAACAGAACUGCAUAAGCCUGUAGCCAUAGCAGAAGCUGCAUCAGGGGAUAAUGACAGUGCCUCUGCAUUAAUGAAGAUCUCACAACUCGAAAGCAGACUGUCAGCAUUGGAUGAUGAAAAUCAAAAGUUAAAGGAUCAGGUAAAGCUCUUGACUGAGGAGCAAAGGACCCUGAAUCAGCAGCUUGCCUCAACAACUAGUACAGUUGCCAUUCUUGAAACUGACAAGAGAAAACUCCAGCAAGAGGUGACGGAAUCAAAGAAGGAACAGGAUGAUCUGUUGGUACUUCUCGCAGACCAGGACCAGAAAAUCUUUGGAUUUAAGAACAAGCUCAAAGAACUUGGAGAGCCAGUUGAGGAUGAAGAUGAUUUGGAGUCUGCUGACCAAGAAGAUGAUGAUGAUGAUUAUGAACCGAGUUAAUUGUAUAAUGAUCACACAAAGGCAGAACGAGGAAAUAAAAUGUAAAGAUGGUCAAGGCUUCUAUUACCACAAAAUGCAUAAUGUAGAAGCAGAGUUAACAAUAUUUUGUUUUUCUUUUGGAAAGGGGUUUUGAAAUUAGUUCAAUUGUAUCUUCUACCAGUUAACAAGUUUGCUUACCAGGCAGGAGAGAAAUUUUUAAUUUUCAAAGUAUUAAAGUUUUAACAAGGCAACGUUGUUUUUCUCCAAGGGAAAAAAAUAAAUUGAAAACAUUCCCUCAUGGUACACUAAGCAGCAACUCAUUAUCGGAGUGAAGAAUAGCUCACCAACUUUAGUCUACAGUUAUGCCUGUAUAACUUGCAGCAUCUUGGAAGUCUAAAACGAAGCAGUGUAGCAAUAUGUUGUAUUUUCUAGAGAAUGCAUUAUUGUGGGAGGUUGCAGACCAACCUAGUGUUUAAAAGCAGCCCUUGAGAAAAUGGCUAAAUGUCAGAUCAAGAAUCAGGGCACCUAGAUGUCCUACACAACUCUCCUGUGACAAGAACUGAUUGGAUCACAGUAGUCACCUUUCACCAUUCAUUUCAUUGAUUUACAUAAACCACUGUAUCCAUCAAGCAUGAGAGCAGGGUGUUGUAGGAGUGAAAUGUGGGGCAUCUAUCUUGCCGACCUUUGCGUUGUUUCCAAGGCAUUGUGUCUCAGGAUCUGUAGGCACACCAAAAUUUGGUGGCCCUUCUGAAUUGAGGCAUGUGCUGGUAAACAGCUGAACUGGUCAUCACCCUGAUUUAUAUCAGUCAGUCAUUCACGAAGGAUCUAGUGUGCCUUUGCAUUGUUCAAAAGCUGUGUUCUGUCCCUCAAAUUCAACAACGCUUGGAAAUAUCUGACGAGAAGUUAAUAACUGAACAACGUUUGAACAGUUUGGAAUUGCAGGUAUUGCAUUAAUGUCGAUUAUUGUUUGCAGACAAUGCCACAGACAAAGAUUUAUUUCUACAUUAGCUGUAUUGCUGAGAUACAAUAUCCUGUAUGAUUUAUAUAAUUUAUUGGCUGUUACGCCAAAAUUGGAAUAAAAUGAGAUAGUAUACUUUAUAGAAAAAGAACGUAAUUGUGUUUUGGAAAUAAAGUUCAUAUCUAGGAAAUUUCAGAUAAACGUU